CAUGCUGGAACUAAAACUACGGGGAUUUCCCUUUUUCAACCGCGCGUAAUGUGAGUUUGCUUUGGCUUCAACAAGUUCUGUAUGUUUUGCUCGCGCAUAUCGCGCAUAUCUACUGUGCUGCGUGCAUGAUGCCGUAUAAAUGGCCUUACUCUGAGCUGAACUGAGCUGUUGUUUGAGGACGAGCUUUUAGAUUGACAGCAGGCUCAAGGAUUAAACUCAAAGAUGGACACGGAUCUAAAUCAAAGCAGAGAUGAAGGAGAGGCGUUUGCACUCAACAAGUGGCAACGAUGUAUCUUUAGUCUGAACUCCACAGAGUCAAAGGCAUCUGACAAAGCUGAAGCUCUAAGGGGGAUUCUCAAUCAACUCCAUUUCGCUUCUGCAACUGAAUGCAUACCUGAGGAUUUAUCAGCCAGAUUUAAAACACACUACACCAGUAUGUACUCAGCUAUCAUUGACUGCAGUAACCCAGAGACAGGACUCAAUAAUUUUGCGGAGGGAGCUCUUGCCUUGUCAUCAAACCAUCCGAAUGAAAGCAGUGAAUGGAAGUCAUCAUUAACACUAGACAGCAUCAAAAAUAUGGAUAUCGUCAAACAACUCCUUGCUGAAUCAAAGAAAUGUAGUGAGAAAGCUAGUGCCAGUUUGAAGGCAGAUGCUGAGAGUCUUUUAAAAGCAACACGUCAACCUCCUCCAUCAAAUACCUCAAAUUGGCAACAUAAGCCGCAGUACUCCAGCCACUCUUCAGUGCCUACCAGCAACGUAAGGAAUGUUCAGACACCAGGGAGUGCAUCACCACCACCGGGUCACAUUCAAACAUCCUAUGGGGUGUCAUCCAACCCCCUCAAAGAAACCAUGGCCCCAGCAAGGAACCCAGCCCCCCUUUUUGCGACAUCAAGAGACCCGCGUCCCCCAAACCAGCCGACGCCCCACUUCCCACGUCCAACUCCUACAGUUGGAAACAGACCCCCGUCUCAUCCUAGCCAUGCCCCUUCUGCACCACGUCCCCACCCCCAGAGGGGGUACACCCCGAUGGGGGCAAACAGGGCGGGGCCGAGUCCAGGGUCGAUGGGGUAUGACCCUGCAUCUCAGAUGGUUAAUCUUGGUAUCCUUGGUAUGGGGGAUAAUGCAGCAAGCGGUGGACAACCACCACUGAAGAGGAAAUUUGGAGCUUCAGAAAGUCGUCAAGGAGGCUUCAACUCGGGAUACAACCGAGGUCCAAGACCUAGACAACCAGAUGAAGAGGAGAAUGAAGGAGGCCAGUUUGGAGGAGGGGCUUUCAAGAGUGCCAAAGAACAACUGAAUAUCAACAAUCAGAAGAAGUUUGGUAACCGUGGAAACCCAAGUUCAGCCCCUUCUUCAUCCGGGUAUGGCACCAACAGGAAAGUCCUGGGAGUGACAAGGAGAGCCCCAAACAGCAAGUUUGUUCCUCCUGUUCUCAACAAAGAAGAAGCUGAUAAUUCCACAGGUGGGUACAAGCCACCUUCUAGAAAUGGAGGCAGUGGUCAGACAGGCAACAUGAGUAAUAACAACAACCAGGAAGAGCCUGCUGAUGAAAGACUCAAGAACAUUGAACCUAAGAUGGUGGAGUUAGUCAUGAGUGAGAUCAUGGACCAUGGACCACCUAUCCAUUGGGACGACAUCGCUGGAUUAGAAUUUGCCAAGAAAACCAUCAAAGAAAUCGUUGUCUGGCCCAUGCUUAGACCGGAUAUCUUCACUGGACUCCGAGGUCCUCCUAAAGGUCUUCUUUUGUUCGGCCCACCUGGUACUGGGAAGACCCUCAUUGGAAAAUGCAUUGCCAGCCAAUCAGGAGCAACCUUCUUCAGCAUCAGUGCAUCAUCUCUCACAUCAAAAUGGGUCGGUGAAGGUGAGAAGAUGGUGAGGGCGCUGUUCGCUGUCGCUAGGUGUCACCAGCCUGCUGUCAUCUUCAUUGAUGAGAUCGACUCCUUGCUCUCACAGCGAUCUAAUGAUGAACAUGAGUCAUCUAGACGAAUCAAAACCGAGUUCCUAGUGCAACUGGAUGGAGCAACGACAUGUUCAGAUGAACGCCUCUUGAUCGUCGGGGCAACCAACCGCCCUCAAGAAAUCGAUGAGGCUGCACGUAGGCGCCUUGUGAAGCGUCUCUACAUCCCCUUACCAGACUCCAGUGCAAGGGGGCAGAUCGUAACCAGUCUUCUUACUCAACAGAGUCAUUCACUUGUUGACCAAGAUCUGGAGAGCAUUUGUCAAAAAACAGAAGGUUAUUCUGGUGCAGACAUGGCCACCCUGUGCAGGGAAGCAGCGUUGGGACCAAUACGGUCUAUACAGGGAAUGGAUAUACAACACAUUAGUGCUGACCAGGUGAGACCGAUCCUGCAUGGAGACUUUGAGGAUGCCAUCCAGAAUGUGAGACCGAGUGUGGCUCAGUCAGACCUUGACAGCUAUCUGGACUGGAAUGCCAAGUUUGGUUGCGGAAGUGCAAAGUGAACAGUCAGACUUUCACACCUACCAUACCAAGAAUGGAACGCUGGGUUUCAAAGUCCUAAGUGGUUAGUCAUCGGAAAGUCAGACCUUUACAGCUACUACCCACAUUAAUGCUAAGCUUGGUCGCAGAAAUGCUUUCAGGGAGUUGAUGCCCUUUACUCAGGAACAGUCAGACAUGGACAUUUAUCACUUCUAAAAUGGAAAGUAGAUUUGAAAAUCCAAAGCAAGUAGAUGGAAUAAUCAGAUUUCAUAUUUAUUUACGUGUAACCAGAAGGGAUUACCAAGUAUGGUUGCAGGAGGUAAAGUGAAGAGCUGUCAGAACAGUCAGACGUGGGUACCUAUCACGGUUCCAGAACACCUACCCCUGGACAUCCACCCCUCAGAUAACCACCCCAGUCAACUACCUCCUAGGACAACUACCCCCUGGACAAUUACCCCCGGACAACUACCCCCUACGAGAACCAUUCUCUAGGACAACUACCCCUUGGACAAAUAUCCCAGGGGGUAAGUGUCUGGGGGGUAGUUGUCCAGGGGGUAGUUGUUCUGGGGAUAGUUGUCCUAGGGGUUAGUUGUCCUAGGGAGUGGUUGACUGGGGGUGGUUAUUGGGGGGGGGGGGGGUAGAUGUCCAGAGAGGAACAUCAAGUUUGGAAGUCCAAACUUUAGUAGUUGGAACAAUUAAGAAUUGCAAACCUAUCACAUUGAUUUUGAAAGUGAAUAGUCAGACCCGGGCCUCGUCUUAUAAAGAGUUGAGAUUGAUCUAAAUCAAUCGCGAAUCCUCCAAUAAAUCGCAAGUUUGCAGUCUCCUAUCUCAUAUGUACAGAGUUGCGAUUGAUAGCAAAUAUGUUGCGAUCAUUAAUGUCAACCCUUUAUAAGACGGGGCCUUGAACAACUAUCCGGGAUGGAAUGCUAAGUGUGGUUGCGGAAGUGCUAAAUCAACAGUCAAACUUUGUGGCAGAAAUGCCAAGGGAACUGUUGUCCUUAACUCAGCAACAGGCCAACUUGAAUAUUUAGCUAUAGUGUAAAGCAGUUUUGUUGCAGAAUCUGAUCAUACCUCAAAUAGAAAGUUAGGUGUUGAGUAAAGUCCUUGUAACAGUCAGACUUGCACCCCUACCUGACCAAGAAUCAAAUGCCAGGUUUGGAUGUGUGAGGGAAAUGAGGGAUUGAUAAAGGGGAUUGUCAGACUUGGAUAUGACAAUGUACCAGGAGUGGAGAGCCAGGAUUAGUUGUAGAAGUGCAAAGUUAACAGACAGUACUGAAGGAGUGAGCAUACCUUGACAACUAAACUAUUAAAGACACAUAGUGUAAAGUGAAUUAUUGUUACCCUACAGAAAGAUCUUCCAAUUUUUUAAAGGGUGAUUAUGUGUAACGUGCCCAGGUACAGCAUUUGAUGUUAUCCAUUUAUUUCAUCCAAGAAUUAAAAUUACUUGAUAUGACGAUCAAAUAAUGAUAUUUUUUUUCUUCUUCAGGUAUCAAGGUAUCAAUACCAUUUAUCAGUGGACAUAUCAAGAGAUUUCGUCUGAAAUAGAUAGAGUCAUAAGUGGUAUACCGGUAGGACAAAUAUCACUGAACAGCCUAAAAGAGACCUCAUUGGAGAAAGCUUAUAGGGUCAUUACAUGAGAGAGUAAAUACCAGAUAUUGAAAUGACAUUUUGUAUUAGUGCAGUUGCAUCACUUGAAUUUCAAUAUAUGGAAUUUCAAAUAAAUUGUUCUAUUGUUAAAUC